CCGCCUCGCUGCCAUGUUGGAUAUACGCAUAGCUACUGCAGCUACCGGAGUUUUCUAAUGAAAGUUAGGAGGAUUUUCUUCACUGAGACUAAAUCGACAGUCAUAUUAUAUUUCACUGUUUGCCGGGACAUUUAAGGAUACUUUCUGAGCAGGAGCACGGCCCGAUUAGACCCCUUGCCCCCUCCGCCCUCCACCUCCAGCCCGGAGUGUCUGACUGUGCGAAGGGGAGAUGAUCGGGUUGCAGGCCGCCGAAGCGACUGCAGCCCGCAUGGAUUUUGAGUAAUUAGCGGUGUUUGCUGAGCCCGUCCGGGAAUAAGUGCACCGUUUCGAGGACUGACUAAUUUGAAGACUCGGGACGCCAUGAACAGCCACCCUCCGCCACGCAGGGCCGUGAACGUCGGCUCCAUCCUGCUGACCCCGCAGGAGAACGAGUGUCUGUUCAGCUACCUGGGAAGGAAAUGUGCCUCUCUGUGCUCGGCCGUGGUCCAGGUGUAUGCGGCGGAUCGCAGCUGCACGUGGCUCAAGAGGUGCUGCGGAGUGGCCUGCUUGGUCAAAGACAACCCCCAGAGGUCCUACUUCAUCCGAGUGUUCGACAUCAAGGAAGGAAAAACAAUGUAUGAACAGGAGCUUUACCACAACUUUUCCAUAAGCAGCCCCAGAUCCUACUUCAUCACAUUUGCAGGAGAUUCCAGUCAGAUCGGCCUGAACUUUGCCAGUGAAGAAGAGGCAAAGAGGUUUCGAGCUGCCAUCAAUGACCUCCUCAAUCGCAGACAAAGGAAAACUGAGAAAAGGAGUGAUCCUAGAAAUGGUCCGGCGCUGCCUAUGGCCACAGUGGACAUCAAGAACCCGGAGAACAACGUUCGCUUCCACAACUCUCACGGCCACCAUCACCAGCCCCAAGUCCAGCAGCAGCAACCCUACCACCUCAACAACAUGCUCAGUCACAGCGCUCUCAACAGGAAGGACAAGAAGACCAAAGGCAAGAAGAAGAAGCUGACCAAAGCUGACAUCGGAACACCCAGCAACUUCCAACACAUUGGCCACGUGGGCUGGGACCCGAACACUGGUUUUGAUUUGAAUAACCUGGACCCAGAGCUGAAGAACCUGUUUGACAUGUGUGGGAUCUCAGAGGCACAGCUCAAAGACAGAGAAACGUCCAAAGUCAUCUACGACUUCAUCGAGAAGAAAGGAGGAGUGGAGGCUGUGAAGAACGAGCUCCGGAGGCAAGCGCCUCCUCCUCCUCCGUCUCGUGGUGGCCCUCCUCCGCCCCCCCCUCCUCCUCACCACAGCACAGCGCCGCCACCUCCUCCUCCUCCGUCCCGGGGUGGCCGCGGUGCUCCUCCUCCUCCUCCACCCUCCAGAGCUCCUGCCUCCGCCCCUCCUCCCCCUCCGCCGUCCCGCCCCGGCACUCUGGGUGCACCUCCUCCCCCUCCUCCCCCCUCCAGAGGACACCAGCCGCCCCAACAGCACCACCAUCACCACCAGCCUCCUCCCCCUCCACCCCCAUCCCACGCAAGCAUCACCCCUCAGUCGGCACCUCCUCCCCCUCCUCCUCCCCCAUCAGCACCGUCCCAGCAGCAGUCGACCCCCGCCGCCCCGCCGCCGCCUCCCCCUCCGCCUCCUCCGCCCCCGGGACCUCCCCCACCCCCAGAGAUGGACGGAGGGGAGAGCCCUCACUCGCCCAGUCCAUUAGGAGGGGGCAAGUCGGCCCUCUUGGAGCAGAUUCGAGGCGGAACGCAGCUCAAAAAGGUGGAGCAGAACAACAGACCUGUGCCCGCCUCCACCACCGGGCGUGACGCUCUGCUCGACCAGAUCAGACAGGGCAUCCAGCUCAAGACUGUGUCUGAUCUGCCAGAGUCCAGCCCCCCCACACCAGCUCCCACUGCAGGCAUCGUGGGUGCGCUCAUGGAGGUGAUGCAGAAGAGGAGCAAAGCCAUUCAUUCUUCAGAUGAAGACGAGGAUGACGAUGAAGAUGAAGACUUUGAGGAUGACGACGAAUGGGAGGACUAGAACACGUCACUAAACUCUUAAACUCUUCCAGAAUCGGACUUCACUACAAUGUAAUGUAAAUGUUGUAUGAACAGUACAUAUUUAUUUUUCGCCUUUUCAUUUUAUUCUAAUUAAUCCGUGCAAUACCUCAUCCGUUAAAUCUGCACACCUCCCUUCGCCUAUCCUGUCUCUGGACGUCCCAUCUUGUUGCUAAAGAAGAAGGCACUUAACCCUAUCAUCACCAUUUAUAAAUAAUAGAAUAUAGCAUACUAGAAAUGCUUAUAUGAAGAAAAAAAUGGGAGAUAAUUUUUAGUUCGUAAUUUUUUUUUGUCAUUCCUUGCAAAAGAAAAGGGAUAGUAUCUGACCAAAACAGCACAAAUAUAAGCUUAAAUGUGAGAACGCUAUUAGUCCUAUCUUUUGUUUUGAAUUAGAAAUACAGUAGACUUUUGUUGUUUUUACUUUUAUUUUUUGACCAAACUACGAGGCGUCCGCUUCCAUGUCUUCUACUUAUAUUUUUAUGUGUUCGUUUGCACAGUUUAUAUAAUGUUUUUGUUUAAUUUUGUGUGCGUUUGUUGGAAAAACAACUUGAGUUCACGGAUGUUUUAAGGCUGAAAGUGGUGUGCUAGCAAAAAAUGACUGACAUUGUGUAUACACAAAAACAACUGAAUAGGCAUUGGGCAGUUGGUGGUUGGAUGGUAUGGAGUACUAAUGCAGUUGCAGUGUACUUCUAAAACAGGUUUUCUAAUGAAUUUGAAACCAUAUUGAGCAUUAAUAAUGAGCAGAAAAAUAAGACGCAGACAAAAUAGUUCUAAAAUUUCUUAAUCAACUUCCUUUAAGUAAAACAUUUAAAUCAGCUAAUAUUUAAAAUGAAACUGGAAACGUCAGUAUAACUCAUUUUAACUGUAAAUCUAGGGCUGUGUCCUAAUGUCCACAUUAUUCCCUACUUAAAGCACUAUUUGGGGUAUCACCAUUUUUAGUGUUGUCCAAAUUGGUAUCCAGUUUGUGAAAAAAUAGUGCACUCAAAAUUUCCCUCUGUGCAGCGCUGGUCACUAGACUGGUCAAUAUAGACACAAUGCAUUGCGACGACAACAACAGCACACUGACUGAAGAAUAAAACACAAUUAAAUCAACCGUUGUGUGUAAAGUUGACUGAAAUGUGUAGAGGGCUGCUUGUCCAAAUCGCUCUGUGAGUGCUCGAAAUAAUAAAUACUAAAGAGUGCAGGGCUAUGUAAUGAUUGAGGGGUUAGGGACUAUGGAGGACCCAGCCUAUAACUUUAAAAUUCAUCAUUGCACACUAUCAAAGCAAUUCACAUUUUUGGAAUAUACAAAAUGCUUGCUUGUACUGGUUUCUAAAUGUGAUUUUAAAAUAGUUAAAAUGUAUUAACUAGUUUAAUAUAAAGCCUGUUUAUAGUACAAACUCUGCUUGAAUUCUUCAAUAGCCUUAACCACAAACUGUUCCAUGCCCAUUGAAGACUAUUGCAAUUGAAAACUAUGGCAUUUUAUAUUUUUUCACUGUUACCUUUUUUUGUUACAGCUGUGCUCCGGUCAUUAUUUCAAAUAGUGUCACAUUAUAAUAAGUAAUAUAUGACAGAAUACUAUAGACAAAUGUUACUACUCCUAUUCUUCUCCUGUCUAUGAUUUAACAAACUGUACAAUGUUAUGCAACAUGACUGUAAAUGCCUCCACAUGGAGAAAAAAGCAAAUAACCAUGAAGAACCAAAAGUGCGCGAGCAGCUUGGCGAUGCGCGUGAGAAUCGUUUUAACUGUCCGUCUUAAAAUCGUUUUUACCGUCCUCCAGCUGAGGCCUGAUGCUGCAUCGACAAGCCCUUAUAACUGACAUUGAACCUGUGAAUGGGGCGGGA